CGCUCAGGCCAGUCCUACAAAACUUCCGCCUUAAGUAAAGAAAACAUAGCAGCUGAAAGGUAAUCGACAUCGUAACCAGUCUAUUUAAGAAAUCUGACCAAAGGCUCUUGCACUCUGGAGCUCAUCUGGUUUUCAGAGUGCGUGUGCGUGUGAGUGGGUGAGUGUAUGUGUGAGUGUGUGUGAGCUUCAGUUUCCUCGUCAUCAUUUCACUAGAGCUGCUCCUCACUGGAGGAUGACAAUGGAGGAGAUGAAAAAUGAAGCUGAGACAAAUUCCAUGGUAUCCAUGACACUGUAUGCCGUGAUGUACCCAGUUUUCAAUGAGCUGGAGAGGAUCAACCUAUCAGCAGCUCAGACACUCAGAGCAGCCUUCAUAAAGGCGGAGAGAGAGAACCCUGGUCUCACUCAGGACAUCAUAAUGAAGAUCUUGGAGAAAAAGAAUGUUCAAAUCAACUUUACUGAAUCCCUACUGCGCAUGGCAGCUGAUGAUGUGGAAGAGUUCAUGAUUGACCGGCCUGAACAAGAGUUCCAGGACCUAAAUGGGAAGGCCAGAGCUCUGAAACACAUCCUUAGCAAAAUCCCAGAUGAGAUCAAUGACAGAGUACGCUUCCUACAGACUAUCAAAGACAUAGCCAGUGCCAUAAAAGAGCUUCUGGACACAGUCAACAAUGUCAUUAAGAAAUAUCAGUAUCAGAAUCGCAGAGCCCUGGAGCACCAGAAAAAGGAGUUUGUGAAAUACUCUAAAAGUUUCAGCGACACCCUCAAAACGUACUUCAAAGAUGGAAAAGCAAUAAAUGUCUUCAUCAGUGCAAACCGGCUCAUCCAUCAAACCAACCUCAUACUGCAGACCUUCAAAACUGUGGCCUAGCCCUCAGAGACCACAGGGGUCUCCCUGUCCUGUGGGGAACAACUGCUAGAACGGUGGAGGCUUGAAGCUGACCCACUUAUGUAAACUAGAAAGAGUUGAUUUUAGGGUUGGGGGGUCGAUUCCAUUGGAGUCAAGAUUCUAGAUUCCAGUUCAAGAGACUGAAAAGUGCCAUUUGUUUUGUAAAUGAGGAUUUUUCCAGUCUUGAAAUGGAACUGAAUGGGCACAGAGUCUUGGUUGAUUGAUUUUAUUUGGACAGUUUUAAUAAUAAUCCUGGUCGUGUUGGGAGUAUUUGAGGCGAGGUGUUUAUUAAAGACUAAUUGCCAUUUUUCUAAUAUAUUCAUGUUGAUCAUUUUACUUUUAGCUUUUCGAACAUGGCUACACAUGUGAGACAUUCAGUAGAAGAGUCUCUCACUCGUCUGCACUGGUUUUCUCUUCUUACCUCCUCAUUGUGUCAUUUCACCAUGGUCUGUGCUCAGGAUUCACAAAAGCACCCAGCCACAGGUGAAAUGGCUGCGAGGAGAGGAGGCAGCAGUGUCGUAUAUUUAAGGGAUCUACUCAGCUAUCGUUGCUCUUUAUUAUCAGAAGACAGAAAGCCCAAUGAGUUCCAGCACAGUUUGCGCCUUACCAAGUCCUGUAACAUUCCCUCCUGUGAGAGUGUAAUGAAUUGGAGCCGGUCCUUGCUGCUGGGGGAUAUACUGUAGAGAGAGAGAGAGAGAUGAAAGUUCUGUAUUUAACCGAUAUCUGGUUGCAAAUGUCCAAUAAAUAGUUUCCAAAUGA